GAUUUUCAGUACCUUUUGCAGGGCUUUUGUUCCUUGGUUUUGGAUUAUUUGGGCAUGCUCUCUCCCUCUCUCUCGUGUGUCAAAUGGAUUGUUUUCUCACAUAGUGUUACUUCUAGAUUCUCUAAUCAGCUGUGUUCACUUGUUGGUCUUUUGGCGUAAUCCUCAGUUUCUCUCAGAAAUAUCAUGUUAGGCUAGUACUUUGACAUGGGUUUGUUGGUGCCUAUUAAUAAAGUUGAAGAAAGUAUGAAGAAGAAUCUUUAAAAGGGGUAAAGGGAUAUUUCUCUUUGCUUUGAAGAAUUAUGUGAUCCCUUUUCAGGUUCACUGCUUGAGCAAAGAUGAGUUCUUUUACUGUGUUAUUGAGUUGAAAUAGAAGAGGUACCGGCCAAGAUGGGUGCCGUUGAAGAGAAGAUCAAAGGAGGAGCUUUGGUUCCCGGAGUACAGAACAGUCUACUUGAGGAGAUGAAACUGUUGAAGGAAAUGCAGGAUCAGUCUGGAAUUAGAAAGCCAAUAAAUUCGGAGCUGUGGCACGCAUGUGCUGGUCCACUGGUGAUGCUGCCUCAGGUGGGAAGCCUUGUGUAUUAUUUUCCACAAGGUCACAGCGAGCAGGUUUCAGUUUCAACAAAUAGAACAGCAACGUCUCAAAUCCCGAAUUAUCCCAAUCUCCCCUCCCAACUUUUGUGUCAAGUGCACAAUGUCACACAACAUGCAGAUAAGGAUACUGAUGAGAUUUAUGCCCAAAUGAGCCUUCAACCUGUGAACUCUGAUAAAGAUAUUUUUCCCAUGCCAGACUUUGGAAUAAAGCCAAGCAAACAUCCUACCGAAUUCUUUUGCAAGACUCUGACCGCAAGUGACACUAGCACACAUGGUGGCUUCUCAGUUCCUCGAAGGGCAGCUGAAAAACUCUUUCCUCAACUGGAUUACUCAAUGCAACCUCCAACUCAAGAGCUUGUUGUCCGAGACUUGCACGAUAAUACCUGGACUUUUCGUCAUAUAUACCGAGGCCAGCCAAAGCGGCAUCUUCUUACUACUGGUUGGAGCAUGUUUGUUGGAACAAAGAGACUUAGAGCAGGUGAUUCUGUUCUGUUUAUAAGGGAUGAGAAGUCACAGUUAUUGCUUGGAGUGAGGCGUGCUAACCGUCAACAGGCUGCUUUACCAUCAUCGGUACUCUCUGCUGAUAGCAUGCAUAUAGGAGUCCUUGCUGCCGCAGCUCAUGCUGCUGCAAAUAGGAGUCCGUUUACAAUUUUCUACAAUCCCAGGGCAUGUCCUUCUGAAUUUGUCAUCCCUUUGGCAAGAUAUCGAAAAUCAGUAUAUGGAACACAGCUUUCAGCUGGUAUGAGGUUUGGAAUGAUGUUUGAAACUGAGGAAUCAAGUAAGCGAAGAUAUAUGGGUACAAUUGUUGGCAUAAGUGACUUGGAUCCACUGAGAUGGCCUGGUUCCAAGUGGCGAAGUCUUCAGGUAGAGUGGGAUGAGCCUGGUUGUGGGGAUAAGCAGAAUAGAGUGAGUCCUUGGGAGAUUGAAACCCCUGAAAGUCUCUUCAUUUUUCCUUCUCUGACUGCAGGUCUUAAACGACCUUUCCAAUCUGCAUUUUUGGGAGCACAAACUGAAUGGGAAAGUUUAGUUAACAAACCUUUUCUUCGAGUUCCAGGAAAUCUUAGUGGGGAUAUUGUGUGUCCUUCUGUUUCCAACCCAUGGUCAGAACAACUAAUGAAGAUGCUGAUAAGACCCAAUUGUGUCGACAAUCUUCCCAGCACUGCAUCUUCUCUACUAGAAGCAAAUGCUAAGGUUUCUCCAGUGCUGGAGGCUGAAAAGAUUACGCAGGCAGUAAUCAAGCAAAAGGCUGAGAUUAUUCCUCGAGAUCAUGUAUCUUCGCAAAGUGAGAGUAUUCAGCAAAGCCAUCUUGACCAAGCCAACAACUCAAAACUGAACUUUUCAUCCCAAUCAGUUCUACCUGGGAAACCACAACAUCUGGACAAACUUGGAAACCAAACACCUUCUGUAAUUCAUACCGAAGCUACCAAACUAGAGCCUGAGCUGCAAUCUGAUCAGUUGAGCCAAUAUUCAUCACUUGGACACUGUAACGAUGAUAGAUUGGUAGUUAAGCCUGCAAAUUCGCAUAAUCUCGUAAAUGAUAUCGUAUUAUUGAAUCAGAAUAAUAAUAUGCUAGCAGUGCAAGCAAGUCCAAAGAUGAUGCAGGCACAGUUGGACUCGCAUCUUCUCCAGUCUCUGCCAAGUGAUGCAUCCCAAGAAGAAAAUUCGAUCGCCAAUGGUCUAUUUGUGUACCCAGAUCACAAUGAAUGGAAUUUAUAUCCUUCAUCUUGCCAAUCUCUGGCUGGGCUUCUCAAACCUCCUGGAUCUUCAUCUGCUGCAAUUAGGAAGCAUGAUCAGCCAGUUAUAUUAUCAGGAGGAUUGGGCCCUGAACUUUCGACAAUUGAAGAAUUGUGGAAUAACCAAUUUAAUAAUACGAAAUUUUUGUCCCAGACAAACCCCCUUGUUGCAUUACCUCAGCAUGAUCUACCCAACCUUCACCUUUUAGCCAGCUCAUUUGGUUUAAAAGAUUUGUCAAAUGAGAGCUCUAACCAAAGUGAUAUGUAUAGUUGUCUAAAUUUUGAUGGAAAUAACAGUGGAAGCACAGUGGUUGAUCCUUCUGUUUCAAGCACAGCAUUGGAUGAAUUCUGCACGCUAAAGAAUUCUAAUUUCCAGAGUCCUUCGGAUUACCUCAUGGGAAACUUCAAUUCGUGCCAGGAUGUUCAAUCUCAGAUUACCUCUACAAGCUUGGCUGAUUCUCAAGCUUUCUCUGUGCAAGAAUUUGUUGAUAACUCGGGUGGUACGUCUUCAAGCGAUGUAGAUUUUGAUGAGAGCAAUGCUUUGCCAAAUAGCUCCUGGCAGCAAACAACUCCAAGGGUGCGAACGUAUACAAAGAUCCAAAAGGCUGGAUCUGUUGGAAGGUCAAUUGACGUCUCAAGUUUCAAGAAUUAUGAUGAACUAUGUUCUGCAAUUGAGCGGAUGUUUGGUCUCAAGGGACUGCUAAACGACUCGAAAGGUUCUGGCUGGAAACUGGUGUAUGUGGAUUUUGAGAAUGAUGUGCUUCUUGUUGGGGAUGAUCCUUGGGAGGAAUUUGUUGGUUGUGUCAAGUGCAUCAGAAUCCUAUCACCCUCUGAGGUUCAGCAAAUGGGUGAAGAGGGAAUGCAACUUCUAAACUCUGUCUCAGAAGCAGGACGUUCUUGUGAUGGCCUUGGCUAAUAUGUGAGAAAGCACGCCUGCUUUUGAAAUCGCGGUGCUUUGUUGCCCCUCCUCGCUGAUGCUGAGAUAAAGUCUGAUUUUCAACUCUGCUUAAUCCAUGCAUCGCAGUAUCAUGUUGGUUUGCAGCGUAGAUGCUAAUAAAUGUAUUAAUGUAAUGUAUGUACAACCUUAUCAGGUGGUGUAGAGUAGUAUUGUAGUUUGAGCUUUCUUUUAAUGCUUGUCUUGUGUUAUGGAAACGUACCAGUAGUUUGAGCAUUUUUAAAUGCAAGUCUUGUAUGAUGGAAACGUAUCAGGUUCUGUAGUAGCGAGUGGCGACAUUUUUAGCAUAUGAAGCUAUUAUGGGAAGACAAUUUGCAGUUCA